GCAGCUAAAUUCCGCUAUAGGAAACGGAUUCAUCCAUCAGUUCCUACUUCCAUGCCAUGUACCUAGCACUUGGAACUCGGUUUGUUUAAUAGUGCACCAUAGAAUGAUGGAAUCCGCAAACCGUACUCGGAGAGCCCAAAUUUCUUCGCCUAAAAACUAACUAACAAGAGCCAGAGCCAGCAGCAGCGGAUUCUGCACUCGUCGUCCAUCCACCGAAAUCCAUUGGUUGGUUGCUCGCUGGACCAUCGGCUGAUAUCUCGGUCCAAUGAGAGCCCACUAACUCGGGGAAAAAAAAACUUCCCAAACCAAAAAAGAAAGAACCUACCGAAUCGUACAGAGGCAAAGCCUAUAGUUUAAUGUGUGGGCUCUGCCGUUUGCGAAUUGUUGGUUGAAGUCUGGCUGCCCGGCAGAGGGAGAGAGUUAGUGCCAAUUUAGCCGGCUCACUAAUCGGGUGCUCUGCAGUGCAGUCAGUGUGAUAUGAUGAAGAAUAAAUAUCGGUGAAAUUUGUGCGACGACCUCUAAGAGUGCUGUGUGGUGAAUUUGGUCAAAAUUUUGGCAUCCGUUCGUUCUUUUUUUUGCCAAUCGCCAAUUUUUCGUACUCCACAUUUUCGCAACCACAAAAAAACACCCAUCCGCUUCAAUUGCUGUUUGUUAAAGAGUCCACAGCACAAAAUAGCAUACGAAAACGUAAACAAAACAAGUUAUUUAUGCUUCGACCGGAAAUCAAUCGGAACACGAUAAAUGCAUCCAAUAACGUUCGCCAUCGAUGAGAUGAGAGUGAGUGCUACCGGUGGCGACAGGAUUGUCCAAAGUAUCCAUCUUGGUGUGGGAGGUGCAGUGAUGGUGUGAGUGAAUCGGUUUGUUUGUAUACAGGAAAGAAAGUUUGGGUAACGUGAAAAAUCGGAAAAAAAGUCGACCUCAAGCUGUGUUUCUGGCCCUUGGAAUCAGGAUUCACAUCGUCAGCAAAACCAAUAAAAAGUGGCCCGCCAAAACGGAAUUUUGUGAGCACCAGUACAACAACAAUCCUUCACAGUGGAAUACCAGGAGCAACAGAGCUGUGCGUGUUCGCACAGCGAAAUCAAACCUUCUUGUUUAAGGAUCAUGGUUACCAAAAUAUGGCGAAGUUGUUUUCCCGAGCCGAGCAAUUCUCCAAACCGCGUCGAGCGGCAUCACUUUUACCUGUGCCAGUGGCAAAGCAACACCCAGGUCGGAAUAUGCUACCUGAUGUAUCGGUUAAUCGUGGCCAUCAUGUUCCUGGCGGUGUUGGCUUGCUCACUGCUGGACAUCGGCCGAUCCGAACCAAUGCUGGAGCAUCACUACGCCAAGUGGUGGAUCUACCUGACGCACUGGGCCCUCAUAGCAUGUGCAGUCCAGGCCUGGCUGGCGGCCAUCAUCGUGACCAAGGGCCUCAUGAUUGACCGGAACGAGUUUGAAUGGAACAUCCACGUGGCCCGGGGAAGCCACCUGAACGCCAUCUACUGGGUGGUCUACACAAUCGCAACCGUCUACUCGUUCAUAGUAACACUCGUCUAUUGGACGUUCGUGUACGAUCCGGAAAUUCACCGAAUCGAUGCUGUCAACCUGAUGGUGCACGUGCUCAACUCGGUCGUGAUGAUGAUUGAUCUCACCAUCGUAGGCCACCCGAUUAGGCUCAACCAUGCCUACUGGACAACCGGAAUCGGGGUGGUUUACGCAGUCUUCUCGGUCAUCUACUACUUGGCCGGCGGAACUGACAGGAGAGACGAACCGAGCAUCUACAAAAUGCUGGACUGGCAGAAGCCGGGCAAAUCGAUCGUCGUCUGUGCCCUCGGCGUUUUCUUCGUCUUCGUCGUGCACUUCCUGUGCUACUGCAUGUACUGCUUACGGGUGUGGCUCUACACUCGGAUAUGCCUGCCACAGUCGCUGGCCCUGUCCGAUUCCGAGAGUGGCCGAUCCUCCCGGAGGCAUGGGGCAAGCGAAAGCCGGGAGAAGAUCACCUCCAUCACCCGGUCCCUGUCGGCCAUGGAGGAAACCCAGCGCGAACACUUCCUCAAUCCGUCGACCGUCGUUGAUCUCAAGUGAUGCGAGACUUCCGCCAAGGAUGGCGGUGGUUGCCGGCAACCCCAGCCGGGCAGUUCCAGAGGUCCGCAGUUGCUGUUGUGUCGUUAGGGUGGGACUGGUCCUGUUAAUGGCCGGAGUGCGCUGAUUUGGAAUUGAAGUUUUGGAAGAGGUUGCCACAGAUUUGUAGCUAGUAUACGAAAAUUGUUUGGAAUUUUUUUCCUAUAUUUUGGGAAGUUAUUAAGUUUUGUUAUUCAGAAAUACUCUGAAAAAAGUUAUUUUGAAGUUUUUUUUGGGAAUAUUCUUUGAUUAGGUGCAACCUUUAAUUUGUAAUUAUAACUUUAGGAUAAACACACUUGAAUUUAAGAAGAGAAAAAUUCAGUUUAUUAAUUUCUAAAAUAAAAUAGAUCGACUAAUUAGUUCUUAAUUGGGUUUAAUGGGUUGCAUAAACAAAGGCGAUAUAUAUAUUGGGGUGUGUCGAUUUGCAACCUUUGAAAUUUUGUUUCUAUUUUCUCGCUACUUCUACCGCUUUGCCAUCUUCGACAAAGUUGUAGCCAGAGAAUUUUCCAGUAAGCUCCAUAUAUUUGAAUUUCAGUUGCAUUGCGUGAGAACAAAAUAUGCAUACAAAAACAAAAGAAGUGACAUUUUAUCCGAACAAAUUUUAGUGUUUUUCCAUACAAAAUUUCAAAUAAAAAACCGGAUACCUAAAUCUGAUUUUGAAAAUCUACAAAAAUUCUGUCAUGUGUUUUGAUAAAAAAGGAAACUAUUUAGACUACAGGGUUUCUGAAAUUCGAGAAAAAUUGCUAUUCGACACACCCUAAUACACAAGAUUGACGUUGACUUAAUGCGUUUGUAUGUGAACGUCUAAUCUUAUGUAAUCCAAUGCAACAAUGUAAAGUCAAUAUCCUGGUUGAGUGAGUUUUUUUAAGAAAACGAUCGUUUUUUUUCAAUUAUAUCAGCAUUGUGAUACUUCUCCUGUUUUUGGUCUACAAAUCUGUGAGAGCAAACUUUUAAGUUAUUCCAAAUUCAGAUGUUAACCCUCACGACUCACAACAACAACUGGAAUGAAAUUGAAGAAAAGUUAUUUCAUGUAUAAUUUGUUCAUAUUCAGUUGUUCAGCAGUUUUGAAAUAAAGUAUUCACAAAUUUGCCUUGUGUUGCUGAAGAGAUAAGUUCAGUUUAAAUUUAAGAACAUACGAAGCAGAUUCACAAUGAUUCAAACACAAAUAUUGCAGUAUUUUCGUCGCAGAAAAAAUAGAAAACAAAUGUUGCUCAACUGAAUAUGAAUAAACUCAAAAUCGAAUCAACAAUUUAUGAGUGGACGAUUCCAGUAGUAUUCCAUUCUUGAAAAUCAAAUUAGAACUGUGUGAAACUUUAUGUAAGAGAAAGUUAAAGGCCAAAUUUUAGUGAAAAUAGAGCAAUACUGGAAUCGUCCGUUAGAAAAUUGUAUCGAACGAUCCCAACUAAGAACGGGUGUCGUUCCUCACGUGUCCUUUUCGUUUGCUCAAGUUUUUUGUAAGAAAGCCGGGCGUGAAUUUUUGUCCGGCUCCUCGAAUAGUCAUUAAUUGUACUGGAUUGGAAUUAUUGAUCAACAAAGAAGUAAACAGCAAAACAAAAUAGUAAACACAAACUAACAGUGUGCAUUGUUUCGAAAUAAGUAACUGUACGAUGAAGAUUACUAUAAAACUAGCAAACCAAUUUUCGUAGGAUGUUAACAGAAAAAGAGGAAGUCAAACAGUCAAAAUUUUUGUAUACAUAGCUUGUAAGUUCAACAAUCGGAGAAUCAGAAAAUCUUCGAAUAAUUUUGAGUAAUGCUACACGUUUGUUUCGGGACAUAAACAAAAGUAUGUACAAGACGUAGACCAGUGAUAUUAUGAUAACCAUAUAAUGUUUGAAUUGUUCUAACCAUUUAGCAGAAACCAUACAGAAAAAUUGAAAAAAAAACAAAAUCGUAAAUCGCAACAACUCAAUUCGAAAUGGUUUUGGUGAACAGAAGAUCUCACUAAAAAUUAGUGACGAAAACUACACUUCCAUCUCAGCGAAACAGUUGAAAAAUUGGUGUAAAAAAUGAGGGAAUGGAAGAUUCGAAACAUUGAAAAAACAAAAUCAACAAAAAAAAAAUAGGUUUAAAAAGGUUGAGUGCAUGAAUCUAUCCUUUCCCAAUUUUCAACGCCUGAAGCCACAAUUCAGAUAAAAAAAAACUUUCAUAAAUUCAGCAAUUUGUCAAGCUUCAAGCAGAAAAUCAUAUAUUGAGGUUAACGACAUUUUGAUUAUUCUACUCAGCGAUGAUUCAGAACUCAUUUUCAUCAAUAAUGAAAUAAUUUGGAAUACUGAUUCUUAAUUCUUA